AAAAAAAAAAAGGUCUCGACACAGGAUGGCUGCUCAACACCUUUUUAAUAAUGAGAUUAAUUCGUAGAAAAAUAGCGAUAAUUGUUAUUUUGGCGUAUGUGGUUUUUUCAUUAUACGCUGCAUACAAUGUGUUUUUCAAUAAGAAGGUUAUUAGUCGCGUGCACAGAGUGGUGAAGAAGGGCUCUGCACCUGCAGAUCAAUCCAGAGCAGGAGAGGAAGAAUGGAACCCGUGGGAGGAGGUCGAGCGCGCAGAGUCCAUCUCCGUUCUGCAGAAACGGAGAGAGGCUUACAGGUCGUAUCAGGAGCGCAUUGCAAAGAGCAGGCCCAAAAGAUAUAAAGUUCAAAUCUGGGGAAAAGCAGCUAUUGGACUUUACUUGUGGGAACAUAUAUUAGAGGGGCCUUUGAACCCCACUGAUAAGACGGGUCAGUGGAGGGAAGGAGAGAUUCAGUCGGGGAAGAUCAAUUUCAGUUUCUACACAGGCCCAGCAGUGGUGCAGGGUCACAUUCCUCUGGACACGGACAACGUGGUGUUGGUGUUGAACGGUCGUGAACAGCAGAAGAUCUCCUACUCUAUCCAGUGGCUCCAACAUGUGCAGACUUUAGUGCAGGCUCACACCAUCUCUAAAGUGGCUGUGGUCUUACUGGGCAGUGAGCAGUGCACUAAUGAGUGGAUCAGCCCCUAUCUGAAGAGAUCCGGAGGCUUUGUGGAUCUACUGUUCCUUGUUUAUGACAGUCCCUGGGUCAACGACAAGGAUGUCUUCCAGUGGCCUCUUGGUGUAGCCACGUAUAGACAUUUCCCAGUUGUAACACCCAAUACACAGAUGGUAAGCACUGUGCGACCGUACAUCUGCAACUUCCUUGGCACGGUCUACAAGAACUCCUCUCGGGAAAGUCUCAUGGGCAUCUUGAAGCAGAAUGGCUUGGAAAAACAAUGUCUAACAAAUGCUCGGGAGAAGUGGCUUCCUCAAGAGACAGCAGAAACCUCCAGACAGUACCAGAUGGCUCUGGCUCAGAGUGACUUGACCCUGUGCCCGGUUGGAGUAAACACGGAGUGCUAUCGCAUCUACGAGGCCUGUGCCUAUGGCUCUGUGCCCGUGGUGGAGGACGUCCUGACUCCGGGAGCCUGCGCCAAUGGCCGCAGCUCCCCUCUUCGGCUGCUCAAAGAUGCAGGGGCGCCCUUCAUCUUCCUCAAGGAUUGGAAAGAGCUGCCAGCCAUCCUGGAGAAGGAGCACGUGAUGACACAGGCUGAGAAGACAGAGAGAAGAAUGAGGCUGCUGGAGUGGUACACUGGAUUCCGUCAGCAGAUGAAGGACAAGUUCACAGAAGUCCUGGAGGAGUCCUUCUUUAAACUGAGCUAGGAAGAGACACCGGGUCAAAAUUGGAUUUCACUUGAAGCAGCAUUACAUUGAUUUAUGAUUAAACUUUAGCUUACGGUUAAACUUAUGUAACUUGUGCUUGUUGAUAAUGGUGCAUCAAUCCCGUGUUUCCAAGUUAUUUCCUAUAUCAGUAUCAAAGCUCUUGAAUAUUUGCCCAUACUGAUCAGAAACUGACAUUUUCACAGUAACUGAGACUCUGCAACACUAAUGUGAAACCUCACAGGCAUGAUCUUGACAAGCAUACCCAUAAAGACAAUUUGUGUGCUCAUGUCCAUUAUUUGUGUUAUCUCAAUCAACAAACAAAUACAAAAGACUUUAUUCGAUUCCCAGACGGGAUCUUCAUAUUCUAUUUACAAUAUAAUAAAUUUACAAUAUUGGCCUGUUACACAGUACUGGAUAGGUGCAUUCUUAGUCACUGAUUGUCCUGCAUAAUUCCAAACCACUGCUUAUUUACAGAACCUGUGUUUUAUUUAUAUAUAUAUAUAUAUAUAUAUAUAUAUAUAUAUAUAUAUAUAUAUACACAUUUUUUUUAAUGUUAAUAUGUCUUUGUACACUAUUUUAAGUAAACUUUAUCCGUUAUCUCAUUUGCUGCAGGGCAAUGAUGUAUUAUAAUUCUCAUCUUUAACCUUGUAUUGUGUUUUUAUGGUUUGGUCUGAUAUGUUUUCUUUAAUGUUCAUCAUUUGAUUCAUCUCAGUGCAAUAGAAUU